GGUCUGUGACGACUACUUCGUCCCAUCGCUGGAGAAGAUCAGCGAGCGGCUCCAGCUCAGUGAGGAUGUGGCGGGGGCCACGUUCAUGGCGGCGGGAAGUUCUGCUCCGGAGCUCUUUACCUCCAUCAUCGGUGUCUUCAUCACCAAGGGUGAUGUCGGCGUUGGCACCAUCGUGGGCUCUGCCGUCUUCAACGUCCUCUGCAUCAUCGGCGUUUGCGGGAUCUUCGCCGGCCAGGCGAUCCGUCUCUCCUACUGGGCUCUCCUGAGGGACUCUGUGUACUACACCAUAGCCGUGGCCGCAUUAAUCCUGGUUAUCUAUGAUGAGAAGGUUUCCUGGCAGGAGUCUUUGGUCCUGAUUCUAAUGUACUUGGUCUACAUACUCAUCAUGAAGUUCAACUCGCCAGUGCUGCGCUACUUGGAGCAGAGGAAUAAGGACUCUGCAAGCCUGGCCAAUGGGACGGGCGGCAACAUGGAUGCCGAUGACGGCAACUGCGAUGCCACAGUGGUGCUGCUGAAGAAAGCCAGUCUCCGCGGUAAGCAGUCUGUGCUGAUGGUGGACGAGCUGCUCUCGGCCUACCCCCACCAGCUGACCUUCUCCGAGGCCGGCAUGCGCAUCAUGAUCACCAGCCAUUUCUCCCCCCGCACGCGCCUCACCAUGGCUUCCCGCAUGCUCAUCAUGGAGAGGCAGAGACUGAUCAGUGGCAAGUCCUUCAGUAAUGGCGACUCUGAUGUGGUGGGCAAGGUCCCCGGGAGGCGGAGCUUAGACAACAGGCUGAGUGGGGCGGAGAGCGGUGUCAAAGGCCAACAUGGCCGCCACGGCAUGGAGGAUGGGGAAUGCAUGGAGCCCGGGACCGACAGCGAGAACGAGGACAAUGAAAACGAGGAGGAAGAAGAUGAGGAUGAAGGACCCUUCGUCCCCUUUCACGUUCCAGAGGGGCCCUGCCCCAGGCUGAAGUGGGCUUUGUCGUGGCCCAUCAGCCUGCUGCUGUACUUCACCGUGCCCAACUGCGCCGAGCCGCGCUGGGAGCGUUACUUCCUGGCCACGUUCUUCAUCUCCACGCUGUGGAUCGCUGCCUUCUCCUACGUCAUGGUGUGGAUGGUAACUGUGAUUGGAUUUACACUGUGGAUCCCUGAUGUCAUCAUGGGCAUCAGCUUCCUGGCGGCUGGCACCAGCGUGCCCGAUUGCAUGUCCAGCCUCAUUGUGGCGCGACAAGGCCUUGGAGAUAUGGCCGUCUCCAAUUCCAUCGGCAGUAACGUCUUCGACAUCCUCGUGGGGCUGGGCUUGCCUUGGGCGCUGCAGACGCUGGCUGUCGACUACAACUCCUACAUUCAUAUAAACAGCAAGGGACUUAUCUACUCUGUGGGUCUUCUGCUGGCGUCAGUGUUCCUCACAGUCCUGGGAGUGCACUUGAACAAAUGGACCUUGAACCGGAAGCUGGGGCUGUUCUGCAUGCUUCUAUACUCCGUCUUCCUAUGCGUCUCUAUCCUCAUUGAGUUUAAUGUAUUCACUUUCAUCAAUAAACCCACGUGUCGUGAACUGUGAUUCCACCCCCCACCCCACCUUACACAUUAAUACUGCUGGCCAUAGACAGCAGCAGGGAGGGGGUGACUUGUCUCUCUCGCAACCCUUUUCUGUGUCCUUGGUUACGGACCACAGCUCAGCACUCAAAGGUAUGUCUUUGAGCGAAGCCACUCAGAUAGGACAGAGAUCGAUAUUUUUGAUGACUACUGCCUGCUUUAAUGUGAAACCAAUAAUGUUUUUAAAUUUUGUAUGAGUGAGUAAGAUUGAAUCAUGACUAUUUACCACCCCCACCUUUCGCAGUAAGAUACAUUUUAAUGGCUGCUGACUGUCUGUGUCUGAAGCUAUAGACUGAAGAGACUCGUCACAACUUUUUGCUUUAACCGUUCUGCGCAGUACUGGGAUUUGCCAGAAAAAAAAAAUUGGAAUAGGAAAGUAUGGAUCACCUCAUGCAUAUGUAAAUAUUUGUGGAGGGAAAUUUGGACACAGGCUAUUUGCACAGAAAGGAUCUUCUUGCUGCAGGAAGGACACCCGGUUUCUCCAAGGAUACGAGAAGCUCUGUGAUUUGUGGCGUUUUCUGCUUUUGUUUGCACCCGUGUGCUGCCGAAAAAACUACUGUUUAUUUAUUUAUUGAAGGUUAUUUAUGUGCUUUUGUUUGAAGUUGCUCUGCAUCCUUGCUCAACCAGACAGCAUUAAUUGGUCCUUUUUACUUUCUCUGGUCCUUUCAAACUGUCUCCUUUCAUUAAAUAAACUGGCAUUCUUCCUCAUUUUAUACAGAUCAGUGUUGAUGAGACAGUUAGCAUGUAUACAUGCACAUAUGCACAAACACAUGGUUGGAUACAUUCAUCUUUACGCAAGACAAAAGCUAUGGUGAGGUUUAGGGUUAGGGUUAGGGAGUGACUCAUGAGAGUUUUACUUACACGAAAAUCAGAUUAUAUAGGAGGUGGAUCCAAGCAACUAGAGGAGGCGGGACCAAGACAUGAUUGGUUGGCCCCACCUCCUAUACAAUAUGAUUGGUUAUCUGUCUGAAUCAAUCAUUUUUCAUUCUGCCCUCAGAACAUUUUUGGGUAAAUAAAACUCCCAUGAGCUUUAAAGUAGUGUUGUUGGCCUUCAUAUAUCUGUUCCAUGUUCAGCACAGCCUUGUGACACUGGUUUUGUGUGCACUGACCCCUGCUGGCUGAAUGGCAGGAUUCCAUUUCUGGUCCAUUGCAGUUGGCUGGUUGAUAGGAUCCUUUCUUAAAACACCUCUCCGUGUGAAGACAUAUAGAGGUAUUGUCUCUGACUCCAGGCUCCAUGGAUCUUCCUGUUUAGCUAAGUGCUAAAGUUAGCACAAUAAAAAUCUUCAGGCCAAUGCAUUAGAUUGCAUCCAUCCGUCCUUCCUUCUUCCAUUCAUCCGUCCUUCCUUCUUCCAUCCAUCCAUUUUCUGUAACCGUUUAUCCUAUUCAGGGUCAUGGGGGGCCUGGAGCGUAUCCCGGAUGCUAUUGGUUGAUUCCAGCUUUUGAAAGUAUUUUGCGAAACAUAAGUCGAUAUCUUAAAAUUAUUUUUGCUAGCUGAUUCACACUUUAGUAAUGCUUUCAGCUGGGCUGGAUGUGAGUGUGUGUGCCCUGUGGUGUGUUGCCGACUGCCCACGGUUGGUUCCCGCCUGUGCCCAUUGUUCCUGGGAUAGGGUCCAGUCCCCCCGCGACCCCUCUUGGGAUUCAGCAGUUUCAGAAAAUGGAUGGAUGGAUGGAUGGAUGCCCGUUUGAAUGCCAGUUUGCUUUGGCAUUCAUUUGUUUAGUUUCUGAGUGAUCAGCCUAAUCAGGAGUAGACUGGUUUUCAGGGUGCCCCAGGUCCAGAUAGAAAGGUUUUUUUUUUCCCCAGAAGCAUCAAGCUUCAGCCCACACCCAUGCAUGGACUCAUUGUCAGAAUCACAAAUGGCAGAAACAUGAUCCACAGUUUUAUACGCACUUUUGCUUCAUGGCCUCUUCUGAAAAGGCUGCCACAUGAACAGCUGGGUUGGGCCACCAAGAGCUUUACCGCCGUCUUCAGAGCUUUACCGCCGUCUUCAGAGCUUUACCGCCGUCUUCAGAGCUUUACCGCCGUCUUCAGAGCUCUCCCCGGUGGCCGCCUGGGCUAGGGUGUCACUAGGGUUCAUUAUCCGAUUUUAAAAAACAUUUUAAUCAUUUUAAUAUCAGUUUCAGUCAAAGAAACUAGCUUAACAUUUUAACAUCUACGUAUAUAUAUAUAACAUCUACAUAUAUAUAUAUAUAUAUAACAUCUACAUAUAUAUAUAUAUAACAUCUACACACACACACACAUAUAUAUAUAUGGCUACAUGGAUAUGUGAAGAUUUCACACAUCAAGGUGCAACAACAUAAGUCCCCCAGUACAACGUUCCAUUUUGUUUGUUUAGCUAGUUAUUUGAUGGCUAUGUUUUUAUCAAAUCAACUGUACGGAGUUGUACCGCAAUGAUUCUAUGUAAAGGGGCGUCCAUCCCCCGGCUGUUGUUAACAGUCACCUCUGAAAUAGCCUUUUGGGCCACUAGCGUUGCCAAGAUACUUGAAACAUACUGUUACAGAAAUCUGUGUGUAGAGAAUCAGAUUUGACGCUUUUGGAAUGUCUCCGUUUUUGGCGGGAGACUCCUUGACUGUUUUGUCUUUCUUGCUGAUGUUUUUUCGCUUCCCUUCCGUAAUUUGAUGCAAUUUUAGGUUUUCCAGUUGCUGUUGAUGUGGUUUUUCUUUUAAGUUUUUUGUGUUUGUUUUUGUUUUUUUUUUUGGGGGGGGGGAUGCUGAAACAAACAUGAAAACUAAUAUUUAAAAGGACAUAAUACUGUUACCAGGGAAAGUGCUCAGUAACCAUGAAGGUUUAAUGACUUUUUAUUUAAGGCAAUAAUUAUAAUAUUAUAUACAAGAAAUAUAUAAUAUUUUUACAAGUUUUUAUAAAUAUCUUUGCGUGUAUAUUGUGUAAUAAAAAGUAAAUUACAGCACACAUAAUAGCAUAAUACUGCAGUACAUUAUUUUUACCACUAGAGGUAGUAAUUUUACUACAACGUUGUAGCAACCGGUUAAAAGUGUAAAGAUGCUCCGCACACUCCAGUUAAUGCACGUGCCCAUCUCUGCUUAACUGACCAAACACUUAGACUUUAUUUAGUUAGUUUCACCACACCGAGUUUUAAUACUAAAAACUGUAUUUGGAAAGAGUCUCAAUGCUCAUUAUCAAAAAAGUUAUGAAAGCAUUAAAUCUUUUUGAACUAAACUCAUUAACUGAACUACAUAUAUAUAUAAGUAUAUUUUAUAUGAAGACAGUUUUAAUUUGACAUUUAAGUAUGACUGUCAUAUGGUAGUACUGUAUGCAUGUAUGCAUGCAUGUGUGUCUAUGUGCCUUUGCAUUGUAUGACUGAUGUUUGUCACCAGUUACCAUCAGUAUCUUGCUUUUUCUAGAGUUCAGGAGUUCUAUUUUGUGUUAAAAAUAUUUUCUUUAUUCACAGGGUGUACAUAAAUGCAUAAAUAUAUUUAAUAUAUAAAUUUGUUUUAAUUUAUACAUGUUAAUUACAUAUAAAAACAUAAAUUUGAGCUAGAUUCUUGGUCCUCUGCACUAUUUCGUUUAGAUUUGUUAUGGAAAUACCUUUAAAAGUCAGAAAAGACAUUUGGUUACUAAUAGUAAAAUUGAACUGUAUGAAUAUACUGUAUUUCUGUUACUGCCAUAGCCUGGUAAUUAUAUUGUACAUUGGACAUGGGGUUCUAACAUCAAUACUUACAUUGAUUUAGGCCAUUGGCAGAGUCCAAGGUCACAUGAGGUAGCAUAGCAACUAUAAUAUCAGAAAGGUGGGUUCCAGACAGGGCUUCAGUAACUGUCCUGGAUGAGGUCAAGAGCUUUUCCCUCAGGCUACUUCUGUGGACUAGAUAUAAAAGCGUGGAAAUGAUCAUAUCUGAAUCUCUAUGUUUUGGUUUCUACUAAGUGGGGACUGGACGGUGCCCCCUAUAUUCUUACAGUUGUCUUAUAAGUCGUAUAUCUUUGUAUAAGUUGUUUUUCCUGGAGCCGAGCUCAUUUUGGGCAAACAGUUGCAAGACGUGUCUAGUUUUGGAACAUUUGAGGAUUUCUGUCAUGAGGAAGAUGAUGUGUGAAUAAAUUAUAUAUGAAAUUA